AUUUCAUAAUUUAAAAAUACAAAUUGAAAGUAAAAUGAGAAUUUUAUUUUAUAUUACUUUAAUUGCUAUGGCCUUAGUUGCCUUAGUUUCAGCUGAUGGCAAUGUCGUCACUUUAACCCCAGAAAACUUUGACAAAGUUGUCGAUGGUUCAAAGACUGUCUUUGUUAAAUUCUACGCUCCAUGGUGUGGUCACUGUAAAAAAUUAGCCCCAGACUAUGAAGUCCUUGCUGAUACUUUCCAAAAAGCUUCAGACAAAGUUGCCAUCGCCAAAGUUAAUUGUGACGAUCACAAAGACCUUUGCAGCAAAUAUGACGUUUCAGGUUACCCAACUCUUAAAAUCUUUGAUAAAUCAACCACAUCAAAAGAUUACAAUGGUCAAAGAUCAAUUGAAGAAUUAAUUACCUACAUUAACAACCACGCUGGUACCAACAUGAAAGUCAAAAAAGCUCCAUCAAACGUUGUUGAUUUAACCCCAUCAAACUUUGAAUCAGUUGUUUUAGAUAAAAGCAAACACGUUUUAGUUGAAUUCUUUGCCCCAUGGUGCGGUCAUUGUAAAAAAUUAGCUCCAGAUUACGAAAUUCUUGGUAACACCUAUGCCAACGAAAAAGACGUCGUCAUUGCUAAAAUGGAUUGUGAUAAUGCUGCCAACAAAGAUCUCUGCAGCAAAUACGGUAUCACUGGUUUCCCAACCAUCAAAUUCUUCUCAAAAGAUAACAAAGAAGGUGCCAAAUAUGAACAAGGUCGUGAACUCGAUACCUUUAUCAACUUUAUCAACAAAAACGCUGGUUCCAAACGUACUAAAGGUGGUAAAUUAAUGGCUGAUGCCGGUCGUGUUGAAAAACUCGAUACUUUAGCCUCUGAAUUCAUCACUGCCGCUGCUGAUGCCCGUAAAGAAAUCAUCAAAAAAGCCCAAACCAUCGUUGACUCACUCUCUGAAGAAUUAAAAGCUGAUGGUGCUUACUAUGUCAAAGUCAUGAAAACUAUCGUUGACAAAUCAGUUGAUUACAUCCAAACUGAAACUGCCCGUUUAACCAAAUUAGUCUCUGGUUCAAUUAAAGGUGACAAACUUGACCAAUUCACCAAGAAAAUCAAUGUUUUAGAAAGUUUCAAAUCAUCAAACUAAAAAAUUAAAUUAAUAAAUUAAAAAAUCUUGUUUUAU